AUGAAAAUUUGUCAACAAGACGAAAAGGAUAUUUCAAAAUUAUUCGCAUUUUUACGAAUUCAACUUCAAAAUAAAGAAAAAGAAUUACUUGAAUUACAAAGAAAAGAUCCAUAUUUAUUAGCACCAGAUUCUGAUCAAAUUGAUCUACUAAUUGAUACAAUCGCUUCUCUCCAAUUAUCGACAGAAGAAAGAUCAUUUGUUUUUUCAUCAACUUCUGAUUAUGAUGAUUUUUCACCAUUGACAUCUGCUUGUUCGAUUGAUUUUAAUUCUAUUAAAACUCUUCCAUCAACAGUUUGGCUUUCACAAACACAUUCGACAAAACAACAAAAUGAACAACGAACAUCAUUUUUUAGUCAUUUAUUAUCAUUACCUAUUAAGAAUUACUUAGCGUCAUCAUUUAUAACAAAUACUAAAACUUCAAAUCAAUUUUCUAAUCGUAUUCCUUUGGCUAAUCAUUUACUUUUUAUGCCUAUUAACGCUUUCAAACCAUCCAGUAACACCUGUACAUCUAGCGAAAUAAAAUAUAAGAAAGAAUUAGAAAAUGAUAUAUUAUCAGUACCAACAAACACAAUCAAGAGUGUUUUAAAUAGUGAAUCAAUUUAUUCAAAAGAAUAUUGGUUACAAAAUAAAUAA